ACCCUACAUAAACUAUGCAGGGUUCUGUCAGGGCUGGCAGUAUAAAAAUCCUGCGUAAAGGUAAGAAACAUCGCCAGAUAUUUUAAUACCGAUAACCCGCGGGAUCCUGCGCAAAGUCCUGCGGGAUUCUGCAUGAAUUUUGAUUAUUUUUUUCAGUGGGUACUGUUCUUUUGAAUUUUUGGAGGAGUACGCACCCCCCUACACCUCCCCAAAAUUCAGGUCUCUGCCUGUUCGUCAACCGCUUGACAUAGACCACUGGUUCAAGCUUUAACUUGACGAUACUCUUAUGCACUAACUGACUAAUGAGGGUGAUGUGCUUAAUGCUUUUUCAUACGGAGAGGUCCAGAACUUAUGGAACACCCUUUAUAGAUACUGACUUUAUUGUUGCUGUUAGUGGAUGAUAUUGAGGAUGAGCAUAAUCAGACGAUUCAAAAGUAUAUUUUAUUGCCAUUUUUCUAAACAGAAUAUUUUCAUUAAAUAAACUACGAUAGAAUACUCUAUCAUAUAGAAUACGACAGAAUAAUUAAUUCUUAAAAAUAAUUUAAUUAAAAUAUGAAAACAUAAUUUUUAUUUUCAAAGAAAUUUAUUAAUAAUUUUAAUAUUUUUAAAUUAGUAAAUUUUAGUAGACAUGAUUCUGGAAGUCGAUAAAAUUCUCAUACAAUAAUCUUAUCUUCUAUUAUUAAACUCGUGACAGUACUAGAGGUUUGCGAGACUGUCCCGAUCCCAUCCCGGUCCCACGGGACUUUUUUCGGGACCAAACUUUAUGGGACGGUUCCGGUCUCGCAGGACUUUUAAUGCGACCGAGACCGGGUUUUUUUGAAAAUAGUCUAGCAUGAAGCAUAAAAAUUUUUUAGUCUCUGUGCUUGUUUGUAUAUAGACACCAGUGUUGCGGGACAGAACUCAUAGAAACUUCUAAAAGUCUUCAGUUAAUACUGUUCACGCAUGCUGUUCUACAUUACAACCCGCUGACUUUCAAACUAUCAGCGCUACUUUGAAAAAAUAUUUACGGGACCACGGGACCGGGACCAGAAAAGUUUGGUGCCGCAGACCUCUAGACAGUAUGCCCCAAAUCUGAAUGAAUUGAGUCCAAAAUAGAAUAAAAAUAAUUAUGUGACUGAUGAGAAAAAUUAAGUGUAGGAUUAUAUUGAUGAUAUGAUAAUAAUUUUUUCUCUUAAUUUUUGAUUUUCUAUUGAUAGUGAAUAAAAUAAAUAACAUAAGGUAGAUGAUGAUAAAUAAUCACGUAUUUCAUACAGAAUAUCUUGCGAUAAAAAUUCAAAUUUACGAACAACUUUGGUCACGUCAUGCUCACAAUAGAGGAUACUCUUUUCUAACUUCGCACAAGUAAAAGUGUAUAACAACAACGGUAUUAUAUGUUAUUUACAAAUGUCCUGUUGCAUACCUAACUCAUUUCAUACAGUAGAACAUACUAGUUGGGUUCUGCUCUGAACCCAUUGGAUCUUUUGGAAAUUAAUACGAACUAAUUUAAAAAAGUCUCAUAUUAAAUUAGUGCGCAUUAAUUUUUUUCUGAUUAAAAAUCAAUUUGAAUUGAUUUAACUUGAUAAAUUAAUUCAAAUCAAUUGAACUUUAACCAGUUCGAAUCAAAUUAUCGGGUUAAUCAAUUCAAAUUAAUUUUUAAUCAGAAAAAAAUUAAUGCGCACUAAUUUAAUAUGAGACUUUAGGUUAUUAGGUUGCAUUAAUUUCCAAAAGAUCCAAUGGGUUCAGAGCAGACUCCAGUUAGCAUGUUCUACUGUAUGGAAUGAGUUAGAUAUGCAACAGGACACUUGUAAAUAAUAUGUAAUACCGUUGUUGUUAUACACUUUUACUUGUGCGAAGUUAGAAAAGAGGAUUCUCUAUUUAUAUAUAUAAAUAUACUGUGAGCAUAUAUAAAAAGUGGUUUUGAGUUGGUGAGUCAGAAAUCAAUCAAACUGCUGUUACAAAAUCACCUUUCAUUCACUUCGUAAAAUCUAUCCUUGAGUACAUUGCGAUUAUUCCUCAUAAUAUAAAAAACUUGAUGGAGAACCUUGAUCACGGCUUUUUUAAAGUCAAAACGCAGGAUAAUUGAAGCAAUACCAUUCUCUAGAAUAUUAUACACAAUAUUAAAUUCUUGCAACAGGAUGGAUAAACGAUCAACUCGUUUACUUUUAACAGUUUUUGUAGUCAAUGCACAAUAAUCUGUAUUCCAUCAAAAUAAAAGCUAUAUGCUAUCAAAAUAGAACUCGACUAUCAUAUAUGAAUAUAGAAUAGAAUGUCAAAAUGGAUUUUGUUAAUUAUUUUCUUUACUUCUACAUUUAUCGCUGUGCGUGUGCCAUCUGAUGAAAGAAGGACUAAAGACAGUUCGUACACCAUAUAAUCAUCAGUCAAUAAGGUAAAAUUUCGUUUUCAAGAUAUAUUUUUUACUUCACCUUGUGUAUCUUAUUUGUACGGGUUAGUUCCCGUUUCGUGGAAAACAUUUUUUUCUAGUGUUCCUGUUUUGUUAAAAAUACAGCUUUAGUUGUUCCUGUUUCGUCGAAAAAUAAAACUAGAACUAGAAUAUAGAUUAUUCUAAUUUAUAAGGUUCCUUUAAACACACUAAUUAAAAAGAAUGCUGAAUUAUUCUAAAUGAAGUAAAUAUACAUGCCAUGCAGUCAGAAACGAAAAUUAAUCACUAUCUAUUCUAUUUGUAUUAAGGACCUUCCCGCCCUCAGAAAUUAUCUCCGACACCGUACAUUCGAGCUUGACGAAACUUUCCAUAAAUGUUAGGCACAAAGAGUUACGGAAAUGAAAAAAUUUUUUUAUCUCGAAGUCUUACGAUUUAGGAGUUUUCCACAUCGUAUAUAUUGUACAUAUCGUAUCCAUUUUUUGUAAUUUAUAUACACAAUUACUCGGGCUAAUUCUUUCGGAACUGUCCCACAUUUAUAUGAAGGUUCGCGACGUAUCUCAUUUGGAAGAGCGUUUAAUUCUGAGUUAGAAUGCAUCAUUUAAAAAACUUUAAAACAUCGGCAGGGGGAGGUCUGACAUUUGGGGAUUUUAUAGGUUCCAAGACGCAAUUCAUAUUUAACUAUCUCAGAAAUAACAAAAGUGACAAACAUGAACGCUUUAGGACAUAAGCUAGAGACCACAAGGAAUAAAAUAGCUCACUUAAAAAUGAGUCAAAAUGCUGCACUGCUCUACUAUGCUAACAACGUUUUCCCUACUUUUGUUGAUUCCAAUACACAUUUCGGACUCUAGAUCUCUUGAAACAUAUGAAUCAACUGAGAUCUCAAUACUUUAUCUCCGCUUACUGAGAUACAGGUCUUUGAAAUCCUAAGUUCUCCAGAAAACCUCUCAACUGCAAAGUACAUUGAAAGUUCUUUUAAAUAUACCAUUAGACACAACGUUGAUUUCUCUACAAAAUGACAUAUUUUCCACGCUUUUAAGUUAAAGAAUGAUCGAGUUGGAGUCAAUACAGAAUUGUUGUACAACCAUCAGUGAAAUCACUCAUCUUUUAGCCGUUAAUUCUUUUGGAGUUUUUGAUGCGAUUUCAUUUGGCUAAGCAAUGUAAAGGUGAAAAAUAUGUCGCCUUGUAGAGAAAUGAAAGUUGUGACUAAUGGUAUAUUUAAAAGAACUUUUCGAUGUACUUUGCAGUUUGAAAGCUUUUUAGAAAACCCGAGAUUUCAGAGACCUAUAUCUCAGAAUCCGGAGAUAAGAUAUUGAGAUUUCAGUUGGUUCAUAUGUUUCCAGAGGUGUAGAGUUUGAAAAUAUGCAUUGGGAUCAACAAAAAUGAGGAAAAACAUAGUUAAAAAUAGCUUGGGGACCAUCGAAAAUGAAAUAAGUGCCGUCAUUUUUACCAUCUUCGAACAAGCAGAGUAGAGCAAUGCAGCAUUUUGAAUUUUUCUUAAGUGAGCCAUUUUAUUCCUUGUGGUCUGUGGUCUAUGUCCUAAAACAUUCAUGUUACUCGCUUUUGUCAUUUCUGAGAUAGUUAGGUAUGAAUUACGUUUUCUAACAACUCUGAAUUACCGAGCUCAUUUCUCUCUUUUAUGAAGAUAUUUUUUUUAAUUUUUUGAAUCGGGCUCAAUUCCAUCUUUUUGGAUUAAUUAAAGCAACCGAGAUCUCUCUUUUUUACGGGCUCAUUUAUUUUCGUGUCCUUCUAUCUUGUUUCUAUAAAUGCAAAAUUGUGUAUCUGGUUGACUACUAUUGUCUGAAUAAAAGAAAUAAUCGGUAUGUAUUUUCUAACGGAUUGUGACUAUUAAAUAAAGAAAGACUAAAUGUUUAUUAUUAUCAAUAUAUGUCUUAUCAUAUCACCGACUCGUGGAGAAAAGACGCUUGUACGUCAGGUUUUUACUUUCUAUAUGGCUGACGGUGUAUGGGGAAGAGAGAAGAGCUAAAUAAUGUAUAGGUCUUUUUGUUGUACGCCGUAGAUUAACUCGUCAUCUAUCUUUUAUUCAUCUUGAAUUGUAUAAUUCAUUCUCUCUUCGUAUGCUGUAAUAUAUAUAUAUAGUAAAUGCACACUUCUCAACACUUUUCAAUAUAUUCUUAAUACAUAUUUUCAAAUAAAAUAUUGUUCGUACUCAGUAUUACGAUUUCUACGAUAAAGCAAAGUAUGAUGGUGUAUAUGAGUUUUAUAUCCUUGAUAGUUUGCUUUUGUUUCAUAAUUCACAGCAACGGUGACAAGCGUAGUAAUGAUUGUGAAUGGCCGGGCCACUGCAAAGGAACAAAAUGCAAAACAGACAGUGAUUGCAGUGAUCCAUGGGGAUGUGAGGAUGGUAUUUGUGGUGGUAAGAAGGGUUCAAAGAGUGGCCAUAGUGCUUGGAAGCCGAAAUCAGGUGGCGACAUUUUGUCAUGUCGACAGUCGGGUGUUUUGAUUGGAAAAGGGGGACACAAGUGUAAUCAGGAUAAUGGCGCCGACUGUUGUGUCGAGGGCAAAGAGUAUCCAAAAUAUACCUGUUCACCUCCUAUAUCAAGUUCCACACCAGCCAUUUUGACGUUAAAUGAUUUCCAGUCAGGUGGUGAUGGAGGUGCCGAAAGUUCAUGCGAUAAUAAAUUUCACUCGAAUUCUGAGUCUGUUUGUGCACUAUCCACUGGUUGGUUCAAUCGACGAAAACGAUGUGGUAUCAAAGUAAAAAUUACUGCAUCGAAUGGUCGUAUAACGAAUGCUAAAGUAGUCGAUGAAUGUGAUUCAACAGCGGGUUGUGAUUCUACUCAUGCUCAUCAGCCGCCGUGUCGAAAUAAUAUAAUCGAUUGUAGUAAAGCUGUAUGGGAAGCACUCGGAUUAAACAGUGCCGACGGACAAGCAAAUGUUCACAUCAACUUUACCAAUUAA